AUGGUCCUCGGCUUCGGAUGCUGCGAGUUGAUCUUCUCCGUCCUCUCAGUCAAAAUCGACGAGCCCGCAGCCCACUACCGCACUCCAGCAGGCGACCCAGCCGCCUGGUCUGUCGUCACGCCGGUGGAUCGAGUACGACGAAAAGACGCUGCUCGAGAACCUGCCGCGGCAGGCGCUGAACCAAGACGGCGGCUUGAAUGUGGUAUGAACAAACGAUUUUUUGUGCACCGCGCUCUUGACGCCGGCGUCGCGUAUUCUCAACGAGUCCUUGAGCGGAAGCGGCGGCGGCUCCUCGGACAAGGACGGCGGUCGACAUUGAAUGACAAGGUGUAUGUCGACCCGGCGGUGCAGUCGCCGGUCAAAGUCAUUCAGCCCGUUGCGCGAGACGGCGCCGGCCGGCGCCGCGGCGAUCACAGUGGUGGAAGGAGCGAUGACAGCCGCAGUCCACAGCGGUCGAAUGAGAGCUGGGUCGAGAUUCGAAAAAAGGCCAAUCCGGACUGCCUUGUGCUGUACAUGGACGCGCCUGCGCCUGUGGCUGCGGCUGCGACGGCCGCAGAUGCGGAUGCGGAUGCGAAUUUUGGCCUCGGCUACAGAGCCCUGAAGGCCGUUAACCUAUCGGUUAUUCUGGCCAGCAUAUCCGAGUACGUUCCACAGAUCCAUGACAGCCGUGCCGGUUGUGAUGUGAUCGGUGCGGCCAAACGUGGCCUUUUGCACAUCACGGGUGAGCCGUAUAGCGUGCCAACCAUGCCUGGUGUUGGGCUCGUGGGCAAGUGCACUGGCUCAUACCUUCACGGAGCAAUUCUUUCGGCACUACGCCAAUGGGACGUGACCGGCAGCCGUUUUGGGGGGAUUGGACAACACGUUGACACGUCGCUGCUUGAAAGAACGUUCAGCAUCAUGGCCAUCGUCUACAUACCGCGGCCGAACCUCGAGAAAGAGGCGCAUCGCUGGGGCAUUGGACACCCGAAACUGGUACCAUAUGCAUCGUUUCCGACAAAGGACACCUCCUUUGUGAUUGGCGCCGUCAACGACCGGCCGUUUGAGACUGUGUGUCAGUUGGCGGGCGGGAAGCACGCUGCGAGAACGACAACAUUGUCAUGGGCACCAUCGGAUGUACUUGUGCUUCUGUCUGUGGUGGCAUUGCAUCGCUCCCCAAAUCACAUCUGUGCUCGUCCAACUCGGCACGCAUUAAGAACCGCGUCUCGCUUCAUAAUCUCUUAG